AAACAGAAGAUCCAAAUGAAUGCAACACAUUGUCUAGAACAUAGUCGUAAAGAUAGGAAAAAAAACUACGCAGUAUGGUUUAAUGGUCCUCAAUGGUUUAAUGGUCCUCAAUGAAAUCAGAUGCAUCUAGAUGAGUAUUUGUGAGCAUAGUAGAAAUUGAUGAGGUUCUAAUUUGCAAAAAAAAAUUGACACUUUAAUGUAAAUUCUCUUUUUCGGAGUAUAUGUAUGUAUAUCUUACAUAUGAAACGGAUGGUAGGUGAGCUUGAAGUUUUGAGAUGCUUGCAAAAUUUGUUAAAACAUAAUUGACAGUAAAGAUACGGAUGGAUGAAAUUAUGCAUCAAUUCAUGUUUAUAAAGCAUGUACACAAAGUAGUAUAUUAACAAAGAAGUAUACGUGGUGAUUAACACUACGCAAUGGGCAUUCAAAAAUUAUCACUCACAAGACAUGAUACUAUCUAAAGAGUGCUAUUUAUGUCCCUACCAAAACUGUUUUUUUUAUUUUAUGUGAAGACAUACGAGGAAUAAAUUAAUGUUUGAACAAGCAUGAAUGAAACAUCAAUCUCAAAAUAAAAUGCACAUAUACCUGGUCUGUUGUGGGGAUCUGAAAUUUCCGGAAAAAAUGGGGAUUUUGGGAUCCGAAAUCGGAGCCCAGAAGAAUGUUGUUGCCCUGUUGCUCUGCCUCCCGCCCCUGCUACCUUACCUUCGAUUGCUGCGCGAUGAAGGGGAGGAUGGCGAUGUUCGACGACGACUGGCGAUGGCGGCGGAAAAAAAAAACAGUGGAGAACUGCGAUGGUUUUUUUUCUGCGAUGCCCGGCGGAAAACGGCGAGAAGAAACAGGAGAGAGCAAAAACAAUUAGGGUUAGAGUCGUGCAAAGAACAUUUUGGCCUCACGUUUUCAAUUGGAUUUACCGUUUAUGAUAACAAUUUAAAGAUGUAAAUUAGGUCUGAAAAUGCUAACUCUAAAGACUACUUUCGGAUAGUCUUUUCAAAACGCUAAUAUUAACCUCUAACGUUAUUAUAAAACGACACCGUUAAG